UAUUUGAGACAACAUUUUAAGGACGCUGCAACCAAAGCAGGGCACCCAGAAUGGGACAUCCCAGAUGAUGCAGGAACAUAUAAUGACACCCCUGAGAAAACAGGAUUUUUUGGAUCAAAUGGGACUUACCAGACAGAAAAGGGGAAGUUUUUCUUAACAUGGUACUCUAACAAGCUAUUAGACCAUGGGGAUCAGAUACUUGAGGAAGCCAACAAAGCCUUCUUGGGAUGCAAAGUCAAGCUCGCUGCUAAGGUUUCUGGAAUUCACUGGUGGUACAAAGAUGAGAGUCAUGCUUGUGAGCUAACAUCAGGGUAUUAUAACCUAACUGGCAGGGAUGGAUACCGGCCAAUAGCAAGGAUGUUGUCUAGGCAUUAUGGAACCUUAAAUUUUACAUGUCUUGAAAUGAGAGACACCGAACAGCCGGCAGAAGCUAAAAGUGGACCUCAAGAACUUGUACAACAGGUUUUGAGUGAUGGAUGGAUAGAAAAUAUUGACGUGGCUGGCGAAAAUGCACUUUCAAGAUACGAUCCUGCAGGUUACAAUCAAAUCCUUCUGAAUGCAAGGCCAAAUGGUGUCAACAAAAAUGGUCCUCCAAAACUGAAAAUGGCUGGAGUGACCUACCUUCGUCUAUCAGAUGAGCUACUAGAAGAGAAGAACUUCAGCAUAUUUAAAACAUUUGUGAAGAAAAUGCAUGCUGAUCAAGAUUACAGUCCAAAGGUCACUGAUGUAGCUCCUCUGAAGCAAUCGAAACCAAAGAUUCCAAUUGAUGAACUUUUGGAAGCAACCAAACCAAUCAAGCCAUUCCCAUGGGAUGAAGAAACGGACAUGAGUGUUGGGUAGCUGAUUAACUACUUCAAACAUAGGCAUGUAAUAAAGAUCUUUCGAAUGGUAAUAUGAAGCAAUAAGUACUUGAGAUGCUGAGUGUGUACUUUCUGAAUAAAAAAUCCAAAUUUCCAACCUCCAUUUGUACAGGGAAAUUUGGUCUGCGUUUGUGUAGAAUAAGAAGUUUAAAUAAAUAAAUUUGCCAUCUUCAAUAAA